AUGAGUUCAUCACCUGAGCAGUCUCAUUUGGAAGUGGAGGGUCCCAUUGAAGAAGAUAUCCAGCAGGAGAAAGUAAAGCAAAUUGAACCUCAUUCCCCACCACGAAGCAAACUGGAAAUAUUCCUGAAGAAAGAAAUGGAAUUCCUGGGGGUGGCUCAGACCAUGAUUGGCAUUAUCUGCUGUUUUUUUGGAGUAACUCAUAAGUUUAUUCCAAAUUUUCCACAGAAAGAGAACUCUUUCUCCUCGUUUCAAAUAAGCUAUCCAAUAUGGGGAGGAUUGCUGUUCACCACUUCUGGAUAUCUGUUGAUUGCAUCGGAAAGAAAAGGCACUAAAUAUCUGGCACGAAGCAGCUUGGUAAUGGCCAUUCUCAGUUCUGUGGUUGCAGGAUUUGGGAUAAUGAUUCUCUUAUUCAAUAUGGAGCAAACAUCUUCUGUUUUGCAUGAAUGCCAAAAUCAACCAAUUGGAGACUUUUGCUUUGCAGCUACGUUUUUAUAUGAGACUGCAGCCAUGGUCUUAUUCCUCACCAUUCUGGAGAUGCUUAUUGGCUCAUUACUCCCUAUCAAUGAGAUAGUUGGAAAAGUUGGGAAAGCAUGGUUUGCAAAGUUCACCACUUCUGGAUAUCUGUUGAUUGCAUCGGAAAGAAAAGGCACUAAAUAUCUGGCACGAAGCAGCUUGGUAAUGGCCAUUCUCAGUUCUGUGGUUGCAGGAUUUGGGAUAAUGAUUCUCUUAUUCAAUAUGGAGCAAACAUCUUCUGUUUUGCAUGAAUGCCAAAAUCAACCAAUUGGAGACUUUUGCUUUGCAGCUACGUUUUUAUAUGAGACUGCAGCCAUGGUCUUAUUCCUCACCAUUCUGGAGAUGCUUAUUGGCUCAUUACUCCCUAUCAAUGAGAUAGUUGGAAAAGUUGGGAAAGCAUGGUUUGCAAAGCAUCCCAAAACUGGUCAAGAAGCUCUUUAUGAAGAAUUAUCCAUUUAUACCCCAAUUGAUGAAGUCAUAGAUCUACAAGAAAGAAAGUCUGCAGCUAUGACCCCAAAGGACAUAAGCACAGAAUCCAGGGAGUUACUUCAUUCCACUCUAUCUCAACCACCAGAGGAGCUUCUGCAAACUUAGUCUUAAAUAUCAACAAAUGUUUUCAGAACAUGGUACAAUGUAAAGGGUGUUUGACUUAAGGUCA